UUCCGGGUUCGUAGUGAAGCCGCCGCUGAGGGCGAUGGCUUCUAUAGGUGCAGGUGCAAAAACAAUUUAGCAAUGGAUCAAAGGAAAAAUGAUAGUUUUGUCCCAAGUAUCACGCAGUUGGAAGACUUCCUAACAGAACAUGACUCCAAUGUUGUAUGGCUGUUAGUAGCAACAAUAUUGUCUUGUGGAUGGAUUAUCUACCUAACUUACUACAAUUCCCGGAACAUUGGACUCAUUUUAACAUUGGUUCUUAACAGAUUAUAUAAACAUGGCUACAUCCAUAUUGGUUCCUUUUCGUUCUCUGUGCUGUCUGGAAAAGUAAUGGUUCGCGAAAUCUAUUUCAUCACAGAAGACAUGUCUAUCAGAAUUCAAGAUGGGUUUAUCAUAUUUCGCUGGUGGAAGAUGUACAACCCUAAGCAGAAACAGCAUGAUCCAAAGGCAGAAACACGACUAUAUAUUAUGGUGAAUGACUUUGAAUUUCAUGUGUACAACCGUUCUGAGCUUUAUGGACAACUUCAAGAACUAUUUGGCUUGGAUCCCAUAAUAAUUCCAGCAAAGAAAGAUGAUGAAAAAGCACAAGUAAAUGGGAGGCAGAGAGCACAUACCAAUCUUGAAAGUGUUAAAGUAAAAACAGAAUCUCAAGACCCUUCUUCUUCAUGGAGAUCACUUAUUCCAGUCAUUAAAGUCAAUGUGAGCACGGGUCGCUUGGCAUUUGGGAAUCAUUAUCAGCCACAAACACUUUGUAUUAACUUUGAUGAUGCUUUUUUGACAUAUACCACAAAACCACCUUCGAGCCACCUUGACCAGUUUAUGCAUAUUGUGAAAGGAAAAUUGGAAAAUGUUAGAGUCAUGCUGGUUCCAAGUCCAAGAUAUGUUGGCCUUCAAAAUGAUGAACCACCAAGGCUGAUGGGUGAAGGUUUUGUUGUAAUGCAGUCCAAUGAUGUUGAUAUCUAUUAUUAUAUGGAUGAACCAGGUCUUGUACCAGAGGAGACGGAGGAAAAUAAUGAUGGAGAAUCAAACAAUGAAGACAGCAAGUUGCAGGAUCUGCCACCAUGUUGGGGUUUGGACAUUGUCUGUGGAAAAGGAACAGACUUCAACUAUGGACCUUGGGCUGAUAGGCAGAGGGAUUGCUUGUGGAAGUUUUUCUUCCCACCAGACUACCAAGUUAUGAAAGUUUCAGAAAUUGCUCAGCCUGGGAAACCAAGACAGAUUCUUGCUUUUGAACUGCGGAUGAAUAUUAUUGCAGAUGCCACCAUCGAUUUACUUUUUACCAAAAAUAGGGAAACUAAUGCUGUACAUGUAAAUGUUGGUGCAGGAUCAUAUUUGGAAAUAAAUAUUCCCAUGACAGUAGGUGAAAAUGGCUAUUCACCUACAAUUAAAGGACAGCUUCUACAUGUUGACGCCACCAGCAGUAUGCAGUACCGGACUCUCUUAGAAGCUGAAAUGCUAGCUUUUCAUGUUAAUGCCAGCUACCCCCGGAUAUGGAACAUGCCACAGACAUGGCAAUGCGAACUUGAGGUUUAUAAAGCAACCUAUCAUUUUAUCUUUGCUCAGAAAAGCUUCUUUACAGAUUUGAUCCAAGACUGGUCCAGUGAUAGUGCACCUGAUAUCUUUUCAUUCGUUCCUUAUAUGUGGAACUUCAAAGUCAUGUUUCAUCAAUUUGAAAUGAUUUGGGCAGCAAAUCAACACAACUGGAUUGACUGUUCCACCAAACAACAAGAGAAUGUUUAUCUAGCAGCUUGUGGAGAAACAUUGAACAUUGUUUUCUCUCUGCCUUUCACGGACUUUGUUCCAACCACAUGCAGUACUAGAUUCUCUUUAAGGGGAGAAGAUGUUGAUCUUCAUUUGUAUCUGCCAGAUUGUCAUCCAAGUAAAUAUUCUCUUUUUAUGUUGGUGAAAGAUUGUCAGCCUAAUAAAAUAAGUCCUGAAUCUUGUAUUUCUGCUGAAUGUCAAAGUGGUCAAAAAACGGACAAACCUAAAUGGAGGAACAUUACUCAAGAAGAGGCUGGAUGGGUUGAAUGCUGGACAGUCCCAAGUGUUGUGUUCACAAUUGACUACUCAUGGCACCCAAUUUAUCCUCAGAAGUCAGAUGAACAGUUAAAGCAAUCCUUGUCAGAAAUGGAAGAAACAAUGUUAUCUGUGCUACGGCCAUCGCAGAAAACAGCCGACAGUGUGAUUUCAUCUCCCACAGCUUCAACCCGUGUCCCACUUGACCCCUCAGAGCUACCCCCAGAUAAGCUUCAUGUGGAACUAGAACUCUCUGCAGAUUCUCAGAUAACUCUAUAUGGACCCCUGCUCAAAGCCUUUCUGUCCAUAAAGGAAAAUUAUUUUGGAGAAGAUGACAUGUACACUGAUUUUGAAGAAGUUAUUUCAAGCCCUGUUUUGUCAUUGUCAACAUCUUCAAGCUCCGGAUGGACAGCGGUUGGAGUUGAGAAUGACAAAAAAGAAAAUGAAAGUUCAAUCAAGCCAGUUCACCCACUUACUUUACGCCCAUGGGAUAUCACUGUGCUUGUGAAUUUGUACAAAGUUCAUGGGCGACUACCAGUGCAUUGCAGUCCAGAUGGUCCUGAGUGCCCUACAGCUUUCUUGGAAAGGUUGUGUUUUGAGAUGAAGAAAGGAUAUAGGGAAACAAUGCUUCAACUUGUGCUAUCUCCAGUGAACUUGUUUCUGAAUGACAGCUAUCAGCGACCUGCAGUGGAUGAAGUUCUUCGAGAGGGCCAUAUCAGCCUGUCAGGCCUGCAAUUGCGUGCUCAUGCGAUGUUUUCAGCAGAAGGUCUGCCUCUUGGAAGUGAUACUUUAGAAUAUGCAUGGCUUAUAGAUGUACAGGCUGGGAGUCUUACAGCCAAAGUUACAACACCACAGCUUACGUGUCUCCUGGAAUGGGGGCAGACCUUUGUCUUUCAUGUGGUGUGCCGGGAGUUUGAACUGGAAAGGCCAAAAUCUAUAAUAAUGUGCCAGCAUGGAAUUGAUCGUCGGUUUUGUGACUCUAAGAUGAACUGUGUCCCUGGGCCAUGCCCAACAUCUGAUGACUUAAAGUACACUAUGACACGCUUAGCCAUGGAUGGAGCAGAUCUGUAUGUGGUGGAACAUGGCUGUGCCACCAAUAUAAAGAUGGGUGCUAUACGUAUUGCAAACUGCAACCUCCACAACCAGUCUGUUGGAGCAGGUGUAAGUGCUGCUGUUCAAGACUUUCAACUGAGACAAUAUGUUGAGCAGGUGAACAAUUGCAGAACUGGUCUUCAGCCGAUAUUAAGAAGGGCAUACUGGCUGGAAGCUGGCUCUGUCAACUUGGGGCUCAUCACUGCUGACAUCGCUUUGGCUGCAGAUCAUCCUACUAAACAUGAAGUGCAGAGACACUUCUUAGAAACACAUGAUAACCGAACUAAGAGAUUGUGGUUUUUGUGGCCCGAUGAUAAUUUGAGGAACAAGAGAAGCAAGAACAAGUGUGGCUGUCUUGGUGGGUGUCGAUUCUUUGGUGGCACGUUAACAGGACUAGAUUUUUUCAAACUUGAGGAACUGACACCUUCAAGCAGCUCUGCUUUCUCAAGUACAAGUGCAGCAUCUGAUAUGUUUUAUGGACAGUCUUUACUGCAGCCAGGAGAAUGGAUAAUUACGAAGGAGAUUCCUAAAAUUUUAGAUGGUAAAGCAAAUGGUGUAAAAAGAAAAGACUGGGAUUACAGAUCUAUGGGUAUAGAAACAGAAAGAAAAGUACAACAUCUGAGCCUACAAGUACCACUGCGCUCCCAUAGCUCCUCAUCAUCUUCAGAGGAAACAAGUAGUUCUAGUGCUGCGCUCCCCUUGCUUGCAGGUGAGAAGGACAGCCCAUCAUCAACUACUGAGGAUCAUGUGGGACAGAAGGAGUUCUUGUCUGGUGCAAAAAGGGAAGAUGGUCAUGGAAGUGUUGCUGUUGAGGGUGCAGGGGGCAGCCCUGCAUCCCCUGGCACCCAGGAAAAGCCUGUGGGUCAGUCUCCCCUGAGGUCUCCACUCAAACGGCAAGCAUCCGUGUGCUCCACACGGCUUGGGAGCACCAAAAGCCUCACGGCAGCCUUCUAUGGAGACAAGCAGCCUGUUCCAGUUGGUGUGCAGUUCAGCAGUGAUGUGUCUCGCAGUGAUGAGAAUGUCUUGGACUCCCCAAAGCAAAGGAGGAGCUUUGGUUCUUUUCCAUAUACUCCAUCUGCAGAUUCAAAUUCAUUUCAUCAGUAUCGCUCAAUGGAUUCCAGUAUGUCAAUGGCUGAUAGUGAAGCUUAUUUUUCUGCAGCAGAAGAGUUUGAGCCAAUAAGUAGUGAUGAAGGUCCAGGUACCUACCCAGGGAGGAAGAAGAGAAAAAAGCAAGCUCAGAAAACUGAAUAUAGUAGAGGGUCUAUUUAUCACAGUGUGGAAGGACCCUUAACAAGCACAGUCCAUGGAGAAAUUAAUCAAGAUGUUAAAACAUUGCCAAUUAAGACUCAUCCUUCACAGGCUUCAUUUGUUUCGGCUCUGGGAGGAGAAGAUGAGCAUGUUGAAAAUAUAUAUGUCAUGGAAUCUGAGAAGACUGUGGAACGUGAGCAAAUAACUUCCCAGCAGCCUGUAAUGGCAUGUUACCAAAAUUACCUUACACAGUAUCAGGUGAUCAACUGGUCAGUAAAGCAUCCAACUAACAAAAGAACUUCAAAAUCCUCAUUACAUCGCCCUUUAGACCUUGACACGCCAACAAGUGAAGAAAGUUCGUCCUCUUUUGAGCAACUUUCUGUCCCGACUUUUAAGAUUGUUAAACAGGGUCUCACAGCCAGUUCAUUACUGGACAGAGGCAUGCAGCUUACAGGAUCAACAUCUAAUACUCCGUAUACUCCUUUGGAAAAGAAAUCAGCAGAAAAUACAGAUGAUGAAACAAUAACGGAAGAAUGGACUUUGGAUCACCCUGUCUUCCAGACACGGACAACAGCAAUAGUAGAAGUAAAAGGAACUGUAGAUGUAGUUCUGACUCCUCUUGUAGCUGAGGCACUGGACAGGUAUAUAGAAGCAAUGGUGCAUUGUGCUAGCACUCGACACCCAGCAGCAAUCGUUGAUGAUCUGCACUGCAAAGUUCUUCGAGAUGCUGUGCAGAACAGCAAGACAAGCUUCUCAGAAAAUUUAUCUUCAAAGCAGGAUAUUAGAGGAACAAAAAUAGAUACUACCACUACAGGAACAACAAACCAGGGACCAGCACAGACUAAUCUCUCACUUAAGCAAGAUAAUGUGACAAUUAAAGGUCUUCAGGCCAAUGUUACUGUACCAAAGGUGAACCUGUGUUUACUACAAGCAUCUGUUGAUGAAUCCCCAGGAGUUUCUUCUAGCAAAACUGUGACUCAUGUUUCAUUAGUAGCUUUGUGUUUUGAUAGAAUUGCUACACAAGUCCGUAUGAAUAGGGGUAUAGUUGAGGAGACUUCAAGCAGUGCAGAAACUGGGAGGAAUUCUGUCGCAUUUGAUCGUUACAUCCAAACCAGUAAAAUGCAGCCUCAGUCUUCUGGCUCACUGAAAUCCAAUGCUGGUGCAGAAAAAGGAAAAGAAAUUGCUGCAAAAUUGAACAUCCAUCGUGUUCAUGGGCAACUUAGAGGCCUUGAUACAACAGAUAUUGGAACUUGUGCAAUAACAGCAAUUCCUUUUGGGAAAUCAAAAGUUCUUUUUACUUUGGAAGAACUGGAUGAGUUUGCUUUUGUGGAUGAAACAGAUCAACAAGCUGUUCCAGAUGUAACUCGAAUUGGGCCUAGUCAAGAGAAGUGGGGUUGGAUAAUGUUCGAGUGUGGAAUUGAAAAUUUAACUAUAAAAGGAGGAAGACAGUCUGGGGCAGUAUUUUAUAAUACGUUUGGAGUCAUGGGUAAAUCAAGAGAUACAGAAAGAGGUGGAUUGCUUGCAUCGAAUAACUCUUCAGAUUCUCCAACUGGUAGUGGUUAUAAUACUGAUGUGUCUGAUGACAACCUUCCCUGUGAUAGAAUAAGUCCCUCUUCAGAUAUUAAUGGAAAUUCAGUUUCAGAUGAGCAGGAUGAAGGGGUUGAAUCUGAUGAUCUAAAAAAAGAUAUACCCUUGAUGCCUCCUCCUCCAGAUUCUUGCAGCAUGAAGUUAACAAUCAAAGAAAUUUGGUUUAGUUUUGCAGCCCCUACCAACGUGCGCUCUCCAGCCCAUGUAUUUUCAAGGCAGCUGAACCUCCUGAGUACUGCAACACCUGCAGUUGGUGCUUGGCUUGUUCCUAUUGAUCAAGUGAAAUCCUCAUUAAAUAAACUAGAAACAGAAGGAACCCUGCGAAUCUGUGCCGUUAUGGGGUGCAUUAUGACAGAAGCAUUAGAGAAUAAAAGUGUGCACUUUCCUCUGAGGAGCAAGUACAACAGGCUUACUAAAGUGGCUCGUUUCUUGCAAGAAAAUCCUUCUUGUUUACUGUGUAAUAUAUUGCACCAUUACCUUCAUCAAGCAAAUUACUCUGUUAUUGAGGAUGCCACCAUGAGUGAUGGUCUUCCUGCCUUAGUAACCUUAAAGAAAGGUCUAGUUGCCUUAGCAAGGCAGUGGAUGAAGUUCAUUGUGGUGACCCCAGCCUUUAAAGGAGUUAGCUUACACAGACCAACUCAGCCAGUGAAAUUACAGAUGAAUGCCUGCCGUGACCAUGAGGAUGGACUUGGAUUAGACAAUGGAGGGGGUCUUCAGAGUGACACAAGUGCUGAUGGAGCGGAGUUUGAAUUUGAUGCAGCUACUGUCAGUGAGCAUACAAUGCUCUUGGAAGGAACAGCUAAUCGCCCUCCACCUGCUGGUGGCUCUUCUGGACCUGUAACUGGUGCUGAUAUCAUGAGGAAAUUAUCCAAGACUCACACUCACAGUGAUUCUGUUCUGAAAAUAAAGGGUAUACAUCCAUAUCAUUCCCUAAGCUACACUAGUGGAGACACAGCUACAGAUUCACCAGUGCAUGCUGGCCGUUCUGGAGUGGCAGUCAAAGAAAGCCCAAGAAAAGAAAGUCUGCUCAGCUAUCUUACUGGGAGUUUUCCUAGCCUGCAUAAUCUGUUGGAAGGGACUCCUCAAAGAAGUACAACUGCAGUCAAAAGUAGUUCUUUAACAAGAACAGGAAAUACUGUGGCCACAGACAUGUUAUCUGAACAUCCUUUGCUGUCUGAACCAUCUUCUGUGAGUUUCUAUAACUGGAUGUCAAAUGCUGUGGGCAACAGAGGAAGUGUAGUACAGGAAAGUCCAGCCACCAAAUCUGGACACAAUAGUCUUCCAACAGGUGUGGCACCCAACCUUCCUACUAUACCCUCUGCUUCAGACUUCAACACAGUUUUGUCUAGUGACCAGAACACCCUGGAUGGCACACACUCACAACACAGCACCAGUCAGGAUGACAUUGCAGGUGUAGAAGAGGGGAACCAGGGGUUUCCUGCUGUGCAGCUAGCAGAUGCACAGGUUGUUUUCAAACCUCUUCUGAGUUACACAGGAAUUCAAUCUCAGGAUGCAAUGCCACUCUGCUAUAGAAUGUACUUUGGAGAGUACCUUUCCUUCUCAGGAACUUUGGACUGCCUAAGAGCAGAUAUUGUUGAUUCAGAUACAGCAAAGGAAAGAAAAAGCAAGCGAGCUCGAAGGCAAGGAGCUGUCAAUCUUCCCCCUCUUGAAUUCAAACCAGCACUGAUGUUGGAAACUUUCAGUAUUAGUGCUGUUGUAAUGGAGAAAUCCAUGUGCACACCUCAUAACUCCACUAAUGCCCUUUCUUUUCAUGAUUUGAAUAAACGCUAUUAUAAUACUUUCCACUGUAAUUUUACAAUUUCUUGCCAGUCCAUAAGCCAGCAUGUAGACAUGGCACUAGUUCGUCUUAUUCAUCAGUUCAGUACAAUGAUUGAUGAUAUCAAAGCUACACAGACAGACAUCAAACUUAGCAGAUACACAGCUGGAUCAGCCUCUCCAACGCCUACUUUUAAAACCCGAAAACACAGAGACUUCCGCUCUUCUGACUUCAGCCGAAGCUCUCGAGGAAGUCUUAAUGGAGGUAACAGAGUGAACAACACCAAGAACAAACGAGCAAACAAUGAGAACAAUAAAAAAGAAUCUCGAAACAAGAAUUCCUUGGGGAGGUCAGAAAGAAGAACUUCUAAAGUGUCCAGGAAAGGUUCGAAAGAUGUAGUUGACCACAUGACCAUUCAUAUGGAUGAUUCCGACUCUAUUACUGUGUCGGAACAGAGUGAACCUUCUGCUGAGUGCUGGCAAAAUAUGUACAAACUGUUGAACUUCUAUUCACUCAUUUCUGAUCCAACUGGGAUUUUAGAAAAGUCUUCUGAAACUUUUGGUCCAACAGGUGUUCGAAGCCCAACUGAACCUGCUUGUAGAGUAGUGUUUGAGAAUGAACAGGAGAAUGGCAGAGAUGCACAGAGGAAGCGCAGCCUGGUGACUUCAGAGCCACAGCAUGUGACUCUCAUAGUCUUUGGGAUAGGCAUGGUAAACCGAACUCAUCUGGAAGCAGACAUUGGUGGACUAACCAUGGAGUCUGAACUGAAGAGAAUCCAUGGCAGUUUCACCCUGAAGGAGAAAAUGAAAGAUGUACUACAUCAAAAGAUGACUGAGACGUGUGCCACUGCUCACAUAGGAGGUGUCAAUAUCGUCCUGCUGGAGGGAAUUACUCCAAAUAUCCAAACUGUUGUGAAAUGCAGUAUUGCCAAAUCUCAGGCCCUGUAUAGUGCUCAGAGAGGGCUGAAAACAAACAAUGCUGCUGUAGUCAAAGUUGGAGCCAUCAGCAUCAACAUUCCUCAGCACCCUGCCACUCUGCACAGCAUGAUGGUGCGCAGUUCUCACCAGCUCUCCAAACAGAUUUCAGAUCUCAUCAGGCAACCAUCAACUGCGCCCCAGCCUGCCAAAGAAGAUGUUGCGACUCCUUUGCCCUCUGAAAAGACUCCAACAAGUAUUAAUCAAACACCUGUUGAAACAAAUGAAUUUCCACAGCUGCCAGAAGGCUUAGAAAAGAAGCCUAUAGUUCUUAAAUUCAGUGCCAUGAUAGAUGGUAUUGCUAUUGGAGCAGCACUCUUGCCCUCUCUAAAGGCGGAAUAUAAGAUGGGAAGAAUGAGAAGUCAUGGAAUGACAGGUGCCCAAACUAGAUUUAAUUUUGAGCUUCCAAUUCACAGAUUGCGCUUCACUUCAAAAGUUUCUGCCACUGAUAUGUCAACCAUUCCUCCUUCAGCAAGUCUCAACCUUCCUCCUGUUACUAUGUCAGGCAAAUAUAUAAUGGAAGAACAUGAUACUUACUCAGACCAAAUUUGGAGCAUAGAUGAACUACCUGCUAAGCAGGGCUAUUAUCUACAGGGGAACUACUUACGAUGUGUGGCUGAAGUUGGUUCCUUUGAACAUAAUCUCACAACUGAUCUUUUAAAUCAUUUAGUAUUUGUGCAAAAAGUGUUCAUGAAGGAAGUAAAUGAAGUCAUACAGAAGGUUUCAGGAGGGGAGCAGCCAAUACCUCUUUGGAAUGAACAUGAUGGCACAACUGAUGGAGAAAAACCAAAAAUUCUUCUUUACUCAUUAAGUCUACAGUUUAAGGGAAUUCAAGUGACAGCUACGACUCCCUCAAUGCGAGCUGUGAGAUUUGAAACUGGAUUGAUAGAACUUGAACUUUCAAACAGACUGCAAACCAAAGCAAUGCCUGGAAGUAGCAGCUACCUCAAACUAUUUGGGAAAUGCCAGGUGGAUUUAAAUCUGGCACUAGGACAGAUUGUUAAACAUCAGGUUUAUGAAGAAGCUGGCUCAGACUUUCAUCAGGUUGCCUAUUUCAAGACAAGAAUUGGAUUAAGAAAUGCUCUCCGAGAAGAAAUUAGUGGCUCAUCAGAUAGGGAAGCUGUGCUUAUUACUUUGAACAGACCCAUUGUUUUUGCUCAGCCUGUGGCCUUUGAUAGAGCUGUGCUGUUUUGGCUGAACUACAAGGCUGCGUAUGACAACUGGAAUGAACAGAGAAUGGCUUUACAUAAAGAUAUUCAUAUGGCCACAAAAGAAGUAGUAGAUUUGUUGCCUGGAAUCCAACAAACCUCUGCGCAGGCUUUUGGUACCCUCUUUCUUCAGCUGACUGUUAAUGACCUAGGAAUUUGCCUGCCCAUCACAAACACUCCUCAGUCUAACCACACUGCAGAUCUUGACACAGGCUCUGCUUUAGUCCUGACUAUUGAAAGCACGCUAAUCACUGCCUGCUCCUCAGAAUCUUUAGUUAGCAAAGGUCAUUUUAAAAACUUCUGUAUCCGUUUUGCUGAUGGCUUUGAAACAAGUUGGGAUGACUGGAAACCAGAAAUAAGAGGAGAUCUAGUUAUGAAUGCAUGUGUUGUGCCAGAUGGUACAUAUGAAGUGUGCUCCAGGACAACAGGACAGGCUGCAGCAGAAAGUAGUAGUGCUGGAACAUGGACACUGAAUGUGUUAUGGAAGAUGUGUGGUAUUGAUGUCCACAUGGAUCCAAACAUUGGGAAAAGACUGAAUGCCUUAGGCAACACCCUCACAACGUUGACAGGAGAAGAAGAUAUAGAUGAUAUUGCUGACCUCAACUCUGUGAACAUAGCUGACCUUUCAGAUGAGGAUGAAGUUGACGCUAUGUCUCCCACUAUACAUACAGAGAUUGUUGAUCACCGACGACAGGGAGCUUCUAGUAUCCAGACUGGAGAACAGCGAGGAAGAAAAUUUGUGAAACGCUUGGUCGAUAUUAGAGAGCUCAAUGAGCAAGCUAAAGUUAUUGAUGAUUUAAAAAAAUUAGGUGCAAGUGAAGGAACUAUAAAUCAAGAAAUUCAGCGCUAUCAGCAGCUGGAGUCGGUGGCUGUCAAUGAUAUCCGCCGAGAUGUUCGUAAAAAGCUACGGAGAUCCAGUAUGAGGGCUGCCUCCUUGAAAGACAAAUGGGGUCUCAGCUACAAACCCAGCUAUAGCCGAUCUAAGAGUAUUUCAGCAUCAGCUAGACCACCUCUGAAGAGAAUGGACAGAACAAGCUCUCGACUAGGAGACAGUGAAGACCUCCCAGAUAUUCGUGUAGAUGCUGCAUCUCCUGGGCCAAGAGUAACUUUCAACAUACAGGAUUCUUUUCCAGAGGAGACAGAAAUGGACCUUUUGUCUGUAACUAUUGAUGGUCCCUCCCAUUACUCAUCUACUAGUGAAGGCUCAUGCUCAGUAUUUGGUUCACCCAAAACUCCAGUUGUCUUCUCAUCCGGCAUUCCCUUCCAGCCUGAAGAAGGACGCCGGGAUGACAGCUUAUCAUCAAGCAGUGAGGACUCUGAGAAGGAGGAUGACCAUGAGAGAGAGAGGACAUAUUUUUAUAGGAAACCACCGAGUACGUCUCGCAAGAAAGCAACAGGAUUCGCUGCUGUCCACCAGCUGUUCACUGAGCGCUGGCCAACAACACCUACCAACAGAAGUAUGACUGGUACAACCACAGAGAGAAAUAUUGACUUUGAACUUGAUAUCAGGGUUGAAAUUGAUUGUGGAAAAUGUGUACUGCACCCUACAAUGCUUCAGCAAGAACAUGAUGACAUAAGUUUACGAAGGAGCUAUGAUCGGAGUUCCAGAAGUUUGGAUCAAGAGUCUCCUACAAAAAAGAAGAAAUUUCAAACUAAUUAUGCAUCCACUACUCACUUACUUGCUGGCAAGAAAGUGCCAUCAUCUCUACAGACAAAAUCUAGUGACGUGGAAACAACAGUGUUUUAUAUUCCUGGGGUGGAUGUAAAGUUGCACUACAACUCCAAGACUUUAAAGACUGAAUCGCCAAAUACUUCUCGAGGAUCCUCUUUGCCAAGAACUCUUUCCAAAGAGUCCAAGCUGUAUGGUAUGAAAGAUACUGCCACAUCUCCUUUAUGUAGCACUAUUCACAGCAAGACUAACACCUUACUUCCUCCCCAACCCCCACCCAUCCCAUCAGCCAAAGGGAAAGGAAGUGGUGGAGUGAAAACUGCUAAACUAUAUGCAUGGGUUGCACUCCAGUCAUUGCCAGAGGAAAUGGUGAUUAGCCCAUGCUUACUGGACUUUCUAGAGAAAGCUCUUGAAACGAUUCCAAUCACACCCAUUGAAAGGAAUUAUGCAGCUGUUAGUUCCCAGGAUGAAGAUAUGGGACAGUUUGAUAUGCAAGAUCCCUUAGAGGAAUCCACAACAUCAUUAGUAUCGUCUUCGACAUCAGCGUAUUCAUCCUUCCCUGUAGACGUGGUGGUUUAUGUACGAGUUCAGCCCUCUCAAAUCAAGUUCAGUUGCUUGCCAGUAUCAAGAGUUGAAUGCAUGCUGAAAUUGCCUUCCCUGGAUCUUGUUUUCUCUUCAAAUCGAGGAGAACUGGAAACAUUAGGUACAACAUACCCAUCAGAAAAUGUGACAGUUGGUGUCAGCACUUCACAGAGUGGCUCAAAGAAUUCAGUUAAUAAAUCUGGAGCACCAGGUUCCUCACCUGGCCUAGGCAGCCCUCUUGGCAGAACACGGCACAGCAGCAGUCAGUCAGACUUGACUACUUCUAGUAGCAGCUCUUCAGGCCUGAGCUUUACUGCCUGCAUGUCCGACUUUUCCCUCUACGUGUUCCAUCCAUAUGGAGCUGGAAAACAAAAAUCUGCUGUUACUGUUCUAACCCCUGGAUCAGGAGCCUUAGGUAAUGUGGAUGAGGAGCCAACUUCGGUCACUGGCCGGAAGGAUUCUUUGAGCAUUAACCUUGAGUUUGUGAAAGUCAGCCUGUCACGAAUAAGACGUUCAGGAGGUUCCUCCUUUUUUGAGAGUCAGUCUGCAAGCAAAGCUACCAGCAAGAUAGAUACUACAUUGAUAAACAUAUCUGCUGUCUGUGACAUAGGAUCUGCUUCUUUUAAAUAUGAUAUGCGCCGACUCAGUGAGAUUCUAGCCUUUCCAAGGGCUUGGUACAGGAGAAGCAUUGCUAGACGGCUUUUCCUGGGUGAUCAGACAAUAAACCUCCCAGCAUCGGGUCCUGGAACACCAGAUUCAAUUGAAGGGGUAAGCCAGCAUCUUUCUCCUGAAUCAUCAAGGAAAGCAUACUGUAGAACGUGGGAGCAGCCCUGCCAAUCUGCUUCGUUUACACACAUGGCACAGUCACCUAAUGUUUUUAAUGAACACAAUGCAAACAGCAGUAUGUCACCUGGGACAGCAUCUCACAGCUUAAAGUCUCCAGCUGUAACAAGGUCCAGGAGCGUGUCCGACUCUUCAGUGCCUCAGAGAGAUACUCUCUCAAAAACAUCAACUCCAUUUAAUAAGUCAAACAAAGCUGGAAGCCAGCAAGGAACGCCAUGGGAAACACUGGUUGUAUUUGCUAUGAACCUAAAACAAUUAAAUGUUCAAAUGAAUAUGAGCAAUGUAAUGGGCAAUACUACGUGGACCACCAGUGGUUUGAAAAGUCAGGGUCGUCUCUCUGUGGGUAGUAGCAGAGAUCGAGAAAUUAGCAUGUCUGUUGGCUUGGGAAGAUCACAGUUAGACUCAAGAGGAGGAGUUGUUGGAGGUACCAUAGAUGUUAAUACCCUGGAGAUGGUGGCUCAUAUUUCUGAACACCCAAAUCAACAGCCCAGUCAUAAAAUUCAAAUUACCAUGGGUUCUACUGAAGCACGUGUUGACUAUAUGGGGUCCAGUAUCCUAAUGGGAAUCUUCAGUAAUGCUGAUCUGAAACUACAGGAUGAAUGGAAAAUUAAUCUAUAUAAUGUUUUGGACUCAAGCAUCUCUGAUAAAAGUGAGAUAUUUGUCCAUGGGGACUUGAAAUGGGAUAUCUUCCAAGUUAUGAUUUCAAGAUCAACUACACCAGACCUAAUAAAAAUAGGAAUGAAACUCCAGGAGUUCUUUACUCAGCAGUUUGAUACAAGCAAGCGAGCAUUGUCCACCUGGGGACCUGUUCCUUAUCUCCCUCCCAAGACAAUGGCCAACAACUUGGAGAGAAGCUCGCAUGAGCAAUUGUUGGAUGCAGCCCAUCAUCGCCAUUGGCCAGGAGUUUUGAAAGUGGUAUCGGGGUGCCAUAUAUCCUUAUUUCAGAUGCCAUUGCCAGAAGAUGGAAUGCAAUUUGGAGGAUCCAUGAGCCUUCAUGGAAACCAUAUGACUCUGGCUUGUUUUCAUGGACCCAACUUCCGCUCAAAAUCGUGGGCCUUAUUUCACCUGGAAGAACCCAAUAUUGCAUUUUGGACAGAAGCCCAGAAAGUUUGGGAAGAUGGUACUAGUGAACACUCCACGUAUAUUGUGCAGACUCUGGACUUUCAUUUGGGCCAUAACACUAUGGUCACCAAACCAUGCGGAGCCCUCGAAAGCCCAAUGGCGACAAUCACAAAGAUAACAAGGCGCCGCCAUGAAAACCCCCCACAUGGAGUUGCCAGUGUGAAAGAGUGGUUCAAUUACGUUACAGCCACAAGGAAUGAAGAGCUAAACCUGCUGCGAAAUGUUGAUGCGAACAACCCAGAGAGCAGCACGACCAUGAAAAGCUCAAGCUUGCUAAGUGGAUUCAGAGGUGGCUCCAGUUACAACCAUGAAACUGAAACCAUCUUUGCACUGCCAAGGAUGCAGCUGGAUUUUAAAUCUAUUCAUGUUCAAGAGCCCCAAGAGCCUUCAUUGCAAGAUACAAGUGUUAAACCAAAGGUGGAAUGCAGUGUGGUAACUGAAUUUACAGACCAUAUCUGUGUAACGAUGGAUGCUGAGUUGAUUAUGUUUCUGCAUGAUUUGGUAUCUGCCUAUCUAAAAGAAAAAGAAAAAGCAAUCUUUCCUCCUCGCAUUUUGACUGCUCGUCCAGGGCAGAAAAACUCUGUUGGUGUUCUUGAGGACAGCUCCAAUGACAAGGAGGCAGAGGAAAGCAUUACUUACACUACAGUCGACUGGAGAGAAUUUAUGUGCAAUACUUGGCAUUUGGAACCCACACUCAGAUUAAUAUCCUGGACUGGGAGAAAAAUUGAUCCUGUUGGUGUUGACUACAUCCUCCAAAAGCUGGGCUUUCACCAUGCAAGGACUACUAUUCCAAAGUGGCUGCAGCGUGGUGUCAUGGAUCCUUUGGACAAAGUCUUGUCAGUUCUCAUAAAGAAACUUGGUACUGCACUACAGGAUGAAAAGGAGAAGAAAGGAAAAGACAAAGAAGAAUACUAAAAUAGAAUGUGACAACUGUAAUUCUGUUUUGAUUUUAUCAAAGUGUUUUAUUAUAAGAAUUUAAAUAUGGUUUAAAGAGAAACCUAACAGCUUUUUGCUACUUUAUUUAAAACUUACAUUGUGAGUAACUGUUUACUGUGGUACAUGAUACCAUUUCUCUAUUUGAAGUUAUUGCAUGGUGAUGACCAAUGUAUAUUCUGUGAACCAAUAGGUGGAACACUGUAAAUCUGCUCCUCAGCACCCAGUUUUAUGAUGUGCAAUAUAAUUCCUGCAUCUUUAAAAUAUUUGCAGAUUAACUGUGAAUUUUCAUAAACUUUACUUGCCAUAACACAAGCCCCUUGUUGAUGUGACUGGUAAUUGAUUUGUCAAUGUAGACUUGUGUAAAUUAUAUAUGUAUAUAUAACUUAUCAAACUGUGAUUGCCUUAGUGCUAAAAAUCAUCACGUUUACUACACUUGUAAUAGAAUUUAACUACUGUACAG